CGUGCUGACUGGAGUUCGGACCUAUCCCAAGAAAAGCAUCUCCUCCGUUCGGGCGUCCCAUCGUGCGGGGACACAUCGUGCGGAAAGCGGUGAUAGUCAAAGUGUUGCCACGGAUUACAUCUGCCGCUGUUUGACAGUGUUAGCUUUUCUGCACACAAAGGAUAACAAAUUGAGUGUCAGGUCGGUUUACCGCGAGCCGACGGAAGAAAAUGUUACUGUGUAAACAGUGCUUUGGGAUUAGGUUUAAAAAUAGCUGCGGCUUUGAUUGAUCCUUGUGUCGCCAUUCGGAAGUGCAUUUCCAUCGUUGCUCUCGACGUUCGUUGCAAACGUGAAUCGUGAUUUAGGUAAUGCUGCCUGUGGAGUGAGUAUGUGUGAGAGCCUAACCGAGGCUGGCUGAUUCUGAUGAGAAAUCUAAAGCUCUCCUCUGACGCCUGUUAGCAUGUAAACGAUGCAGUUGGAUUUUGUACGGAUUUUAAUUGCGCAAAAUCGAACACCACCGAUUCAGAAUCGAAUCAGCCGUCAUCCUCCAUUACCAACGACAACCGAAAUACAAUGAACCGUAAAAGUAAACGUUAUUACCGACGGAAUGUGAUUGAAUCUGUCGGAAACAACGGUCGUCCUGUCAGAGGACGAAAUCGAAACGAUCCAGUUUACUAUAGUGGCUUUGUUGGUCAGUGUUGAUGUUCGGAACCGCAGAAGAAAAUCGAUAACCCUCCGCCGACUACGCCUGUGAAUGUGAUGGCAAUAGGACAAACUAUCAUUGAAUUCGUUCACCGGAGCAAACCACUUCCGCCGUUGGCCCGUGCUCCGUUCGGAGGAGGAAAAAAAAGAAACACAGCGAACAGGUGAACUAGGAUAGAAUAGAAACCGUAAAGUAUGAACUUUUGUGGCUGGUUGAAAAUUUUCAAACGGAAAAAUGCUGUCGAGGACGAGAAUGACUCGGAACAGUACAAGGCAGAUCACACCAAACAGCAGGAUAUCGCCGUCGGGAGCAACGGAGCUGCUCGGAAGUCGGCCAACGGUCGGUCGCCGCGUAAUGAAGUGAAAAAUGUGCACAAUUCUGUUGCUACUGCUGCUGCUGCCUCCGGCGGCGAAACGAAACUGAACAGUGCGAAGUUGGCGGAGCAAACAGAAACGGAGCCGGAAAUUAGAACCGAUGCCGCUGUAGGUAAUCCGAGAAAUAAAACUGCCCUCAAGCCUGGCCAUUCGUUGAUGGACUGGAUCCGACUGGGUAAUUCUGGUGUGGAUUUAACAGGAACUGGUGGCAAGGCGCGACCCGUCAGCCACUCCGAAUUGGCCCUUCAUAACACACGGGAAGACGUGUGGCUGGCAAUUCGGGGGAAAGUUUACAAUGUUACGCGUUACCUGGACUUUCACCCUGGUGGUGUCGACGAGCUGAUGCGUGGUGCUGGCAAAGAUGCCACAAAACUGUUCGACGAAGUCCACGCUUGGGUUAACUAUGAAUCGCUGCUCGCAAAAUGUUACAUCGGUCCUUUACGUAAUACCGCAGUUCUUCAUCUAGGUUCGGGUAGCUCCAAAUCUACACCUCCCUCAACUUUCCUGAAACCACCGACUCCGACUAGUCCCCAAUCGCUCUCAUCAAGUAAUAGUAGUGUAGUUAGCCCCUCCGUUGCGCUGAAGCCUAAAACUGCAAUGUCGAUAAUUAGCAGUUCUAGCGACGAAAUCGCUAGUAAGUCGCUUAACGUUGUGCCUCGCUUCGACUGGAUUCAAAAGACCGCCGAAGUCACGUUCAUAUUCUACACCAAAGCGCUCUGUAAUCCGGCCGUUAUUGUGGAAUUCGAAAACAACUUGGAAUUCAGUGUGAAAAUAUUCCUCGAAGGAAACGUCCUACACCGGUACCGGUUCCAAGUGUCAAACAAUUUGCAGUGGCCUUGUAGUGUACGCCAAUCCCUGGAAGCGGGGAAGGUCGAAAUUGUGUUCAAUAAACUGCUGCCCGGGCUGUGGCCCGGCUACGGACAAAUGGAGCAAGAACGCAAAGAGAACUACGAGAUGGAACUAUACGAGUAUGAUGUCGCGACGAGAAUCGAAAUCACACACGACUCCUGUGCCCUGUUACUCCGACCAAGAAACAACUCCAUCCUACAGCUAACACCAAUCGGGCACCAUUUGUCCGUAUCCGCCAACAUCAACGGGGAUUACAUAACACGAAGCUACACGCCGGUACCUGCUAGUGCGGUUCCUACUGAAUGUCCUGCAACAUUCGUCCCCCUGCUGGUUAAGACCUACUCGAACGGAGGGGGGCUAUCUAAGCACCUAACGAAGCCGGUACCGCUGGCGACGUCCCUGCAGCUUUCGCAACCGAGCGGGAACUUUUCGCUCGCAAAACUAAAGCAUCACAACCGCGUUGCCUUACUGGCCGCCGGAAGCGGCCUAACACCAAUACUCGCCUUGCUUGGCUAUCUACUGGACAGGAGCAACAAUAAGAUUGAGUCCGUGAGUCUGCUGUACUUCAAUAAAACCGAAGCGGAUAUCUGGUGCCGAGAGAUGCUGGAUAAUUUAUGCGAAAAGGACAAAAGGCUGACUGUGCUUCAUUUCCUUUCGGCGUCGUCACCGAUCGAGCCACAGCCGUCGAGUCUGGAUAGCUCUUCCGAUGUAUCAACAGCACCGGUCGCGGUAGGACACGACACCGACUCUCGGCCGCCCGCUAUAUCAACAUCCUCCCGCCGGCGCGUUUCCGCGAAACUAGAAUCGGGACGGAUAUCAAUCGAAAUCGUACAACGGCUCACCAACGUCGAUUCCCCGCUGUACUCGACCUACGUGUGCCAAUGCGGUCCGAAACCUUUCAACGAGCUGUGCUGUCAGUAUUUGGAACAGGCCGGUCACAACAUGGCACAUUUCCACAGCUUCCAGGGUUAAAUGGAACGUGUGCACAGGCAUUGAAAGCAAGAAGGAUGGGCUGGAUGAAAAAAUAAAACUGAUCGAACCAUCAUUUCUCUUGCAUCUCAUGCUCAGUCGUACCUACUACCAGUAGCCUAGAUGAGUCACUCACAUCCUGAAACUGCUAUCAUACAAACCGGUGGCAUGCUUUUCCACCAUAAUAAACUAAUCGAUCCACAAUUACAUAAACCAAACACUCAAACAGACUAAAACUGACAAACAAACAAAGAAAUCUAAUUAACAAAUAUCAACUUGAUACUAUCAUAAAUUAAAAGUUCCCAAACACGCAACAUUGUGGCAACCGAAAAAAAAACAAACCCAAAAAGCAACAUAAAUUUUGUGCCUCCCGACGACGACGACAACAGUAGACAGUCCCAUCCUGCCGCGCGGCGACCAGUAGCAGCCAGUAGUUAGAUAAAUAUUUAUCUAAUCUAAAUUGAAAUUUCACCACAUCCUGAUCGAUAGUAGUUUAGCCGGCAGCCGAAAAAAAACCCAUUAGUGAAAAUUAACAAAGAAAGCCCAAGGACGACGGACAGCCCCAUGUCCCUGCAUUCAUUGGGUUAUUGUCUUGCCACGUUUGGCAAUCAACAACGUUUGGCGGCAGCCAAACGAGCAUCCGUCGAUAAAUUUCCGUUUUCGUUUUUCGUUUAUUUGCUCACGCUCAGGCGCCGGUUGGGGAAAUUCUAGCACACAUUACCCAACCAGUUGGAGGUUUUUUUUCGAAAUUUUUUAAAAAUAAAAAUUAUUCUUUCGAUGAGUGGAACAUAACACUUAAAGUAUGAUUUGUUACGAUAAAAAAGUUUUCAAAAGUUCUUUUGUAGUUCUGCUUUAGACAGUGCUUUUUCGCAGUUAAUUUGUUACUGUUACCAUUCGCAUAAAUAAAUGGUGUACAUAGGAUGAGUGGUCAUCAAUAUACGUGUAAAAAACAUCUUAAAGGCAUACUAAAAAUAGAAAUAAAAACGGAUAAUGUAAAACUAUCAGUAUCGGUAUCAUACGAUACAGAGCUAAGCGAAAAAAUAUAUUUUCUUUCAAGUG